AAAGUCUGGACUCGCCUGACGUGCAGAAUUUAACACCAGCAGGUGAAACACCUGUCUGACCUUUUCUCCCGCCCAGGCCCGCUCCCCGCGCCAUGAUGCAUGAUGGGAUGCCUGCUGGGUCUGGUUGSGGACGCGGCCGGCCUGCAGCUCAGGUUUCUGUCAGGACCACAUCACUGCGGAGCGGUGAGCUCGUCUGCAGCCGCGCUGUAAAAAGGUACUGGUUCUGUCCAGUCCUCAGCAUGCCGGCGUCCAACCAGGGCUGGCCCGAGGACUUCGGCUUCCAGCUGGGCGGAAGUGGACCCAGCUACAUCCUGUGGGUGGAGGAGGGCAGCAGCGCCCACCUGGCCGGGCUGCAGGCGGGGGACCAGGUCCUGGAGAUCGAGGGCCACAACGUGUCCACUCUGGCCCCGCAGGCCGUCAUCGCCAUCGCACAGACGCAGAAGAACAUCCCGCCCAGCAUCGGCGUGGUGUCCCGCAUCCAGCAGAUGGACAUCGUUCCGGGUCCGGACAGUCGUUUUGGCUUCACCAUCGUGGGAGACUGCCCCCUGCUGGUGGAGGACUGCUCACCGUGCUCCCCCGCCGGCCGGGCCGGGCUGCGGGCCGGCGACUUCGUCAUGGAGGUGAACGGCAUCCCCGUCAGGCACCACGAGAUGGCGGCCGCGCUCAUCAAGGCGUCGCAGGGCCGGACGCUGCGCCUGGGCGUGCUGAGCCUGGCGCCGCGGCACAAACGCAGCACCAGCCUGGAGGACGGCCCGGCGGGCGGCGAGUGGGCCCGGCUGGACCGCAAGCACAAGGCUCUGGAGUUCAACAUGAAGGUGGAGCAGCUGCUGGGCGAAGCCCCGGAGGUGAAGGAGAGGCUGUUCUCGGUGCUGAAGCAGUACGCGGCGGAGAAGAAGGUGGAGUGGCUGGCCGCCGCGCUGCCGGAGGUCCUGACCAGCGCCGAGCAGCGGCAGCUCAUCUCCAGCAUCAGAAUCUUCGUCCCCAAGAAGCACCGGCAGCGUUUCGACGAGGCCGUCUCCCAGAACGUCAUCAACCGGCUSUGCCGCUCCAAGAGCAUCAGCGAGCCGCAGGGCCGCAUGCGCCGCAGCCGCAGCGAGGACCAGUCCGACCGCCGCCACGGCUCCAAGCGGGCCAGCUCCGUGCCCAGGGACGGCGGAGAGCCGGAGAGGGAGCGGGGCGCCCGGAAGGCCGGGGGCCCCGCUCAGCCCCCGCUGGGGCCCAACCAGAGGGUGAUCCGAGUCUACAGAGGGAAGAAGAGCUUCGGCUUCACGCUGCGAGGCCACGCCCCCGUCUGCAUCGACGCCGUCAUCCCAGACAGUCCUGCUGAGGAGUGUGGGCUGAAACCCGGCGACCGCAUCCUGUUCCUGAACGGCCUGGACAUGAGGAGCUGCUCCCAUGAGAAGGUGGUGUCCAUGCUGCAGGGCAGCGGGGCGGUGCCCACCCUGGUGGUGGAGGACGGCCCGUCGGACUUCUCCUCGGACCAGACCGACCCAGAAGAGUCCCCCAGUCUGGCUCCCGCCAUGGUUCCCCGCUCCAGGUCCCCGGCGCUCAGCUCCCUGCAGUGGGUGGCAGAGAUCCUCCCUCCCAGCAUUAAGGUUCAGGGUCGAACCUUCAGCCAGCAGCUGGAGCACCUGCUGACCAUCCAGGAGCGCUACACCGUCUGCAAGGCCCUGGAGACGUUCUUCCAGCACAGGAACCUGGACAGCCUGAUAGUGGACGUCUUCCCGGUGCUGGACACUCCAGCCAAGCAGCUGAUCUGGCAGUUUAUCCACCAGCUGCUGACCUACGACGAGCAGGAGCGCUGCCAGAGCAAGCUGUCUCGCUUCCUGGGCUUCAAGAGCAGCGUGCUGCUGGACCCUGACGGCGCUCCAGAGCACCACAAGCGCAGCAGCUCCAUGCGGGUGACGGGGUCGUCGUACCGCAGCUGCAUCAGGGAGAGGAGCUCUGACGACUGCAUCAUCGGGACUCACCUGGGAAUGGGAAUUCAUGUGGAUGAAUGUGGGAGCCCGGAGGAGAGGCAGUCCGGAGACGGGACCUCCUUCCCCGAGUCCCCGGACCUCAGCCAUAUGACAGGUGUGUACACGGAGCUGGAGAACCUGUACGCAGGGAAGAGCGUGUCGCCCGCAGAGCCUGAGGCAGCGGGGCAGACAGAGGCCUACGGCCGCUCUCUGUCCCCCCUCACACUGCCCCCACUCACAGGUACCAGGAUGAGCUUCCCAGAGGAAGUGGGCGUGGCCUUCCGGCCGCGGCGCCUCAGCAGCGGCAGCAGCGCCGAGCACAGCAGCAGCAGCGACGACGAGGACGCCCCCUCGCCCUCGUCCUCCUCUGGUUGUGACUGGAACCGGCCUGUUUGCUUCCAGCUCAGAGAAGACUCGGACUACGAUAAGCUCAGCGACAUGGUGAAGUACCUGGACCUGGACCUGCACUUUGGGACUCAGCGCCGACCCAAACCAGCAUUCCUGCCAGAGAACCUGAAGAAGAAGGACGUGGUGGAGAUCCUGUCCCACAAGAAGGCCUACAACGCCUCCAUCCUCAUGGCCCACCUGAAGCUGUCUCCUGACGAGCUGCGCCAGGUUCUGUUGGACCUGAGCACGGACCGGCUGGAACCGGCCCACAUCAAGCAGCUGCUGCUCUACGCGCCCGACCAGGACGAGGUCCAGCAGUACCAGCGCUUCCAGCAGGACCCGGCCAAGCUCAGCGAGCCGGACCAGUUCAUCUUCCAGAUGCUGACGGUUCCGGAGUACAAGACCCGGCUGCGCAGCCUCCUGUUCAAAACCACGCUGCAGGAGCGGGCCGAGGAGAUGAAGGCGGCCUUUGACUAUAUCCACAAGGCCUCAGUGGAGCUGAAGAGCAGCAGGAAGCUGGCCAAGAUCCUGGAGUUCGUCCUGGCGAUGGGGAACUACCUGAACAACGGUCAGCCUAAGAGCCACAGAACGACGAGCUUCAAGAUCAACUUCCUGACGGAGUUAAGCACGACGAAGACUGUCGACGGAAAAUCCACGUUUCUCCACAUUCUGGCCAAGUCGCUGAGUCAGCACUUCCCUGAGCUGCUGAGCUUCCCCAGAGAGCUGCUGACGGUUCCUCUGGCCGCUAAAGUCAACCAGAGGGCCGUCACCACGGAGCUGAGCGAGCUGCACGCCGCGGCCCAGGACAUCCGGACGGCCUGCCAGAAGCUGCCGGCUUCGGCCGACGAUCACUUCACUUCUGUUAUGAGCAGUUUUCUGGAGAACAGCCACCCGGCCCUGCAGUCCCUGGAGUCCCUUCAGUGUCGGGCCAUGACCGAGUUCUCCAAGGUGGCGUCCUUCUUCGGGGAGGACAGCCGGUCCACCAGCACCGACUCUUUCUUCGGCAUCUUCGCAGAGUUCAUGUCCAAGUUUGAGAGAGCGCUGAGUGAGACCCAGAGUCCUGAGAACACCCGCAGCCCCCGGCUGUCCUCCCCCCUGGCCUGGUAGGAGCCGCCAGGCCGACCGGACCGGACCAGGACCCGAUCGGAUCAGGACCGGAUCAGAUCAGACAUUAGGUGCUGAAACAGACAGAACGUUGCUAUCUGUGUAUGAAGGAGAAAAUUUAUUAUCAUUAUUACUAAUAUUAUCAUUACUAUUGAUAUUAUUGUUAUAAUAAUAUUAUUAUCAUUAUUA